AUGAAAGAAAAUUGCGGUGUUUGUUAUUGGCGAUGGAUUAUGUUUUUAGUUGUACAUUUGAAAACACUAGUUCGAAAGGAUAAUGUAAAUGUACUUUAAACGUUUUUGCAUCCAGCGCAAUUUGAUGAAUCCUAUGAUGAAUAAAACUUGGUGUAAAUAAUUAGUAACCAUGAAUCCUAGAGGAAGUAACAUCCUUUUGUUUGUGCUUUUUCGCAUACUCCUGCCAAUAAUUUUAUUGACAGCUGCUAUUCUACGCUACAAUGGAUUAUCAUUGGGAUACAGUAUCUGCCUGCUGUUUGCACCUCUCAUGCGUGUUCCAAACCAAAAGUCCAUGUUGCGAGAAACUGGAGUAUACCUAAAAUUUAUUGUAACAAUGAGCUUGCUGCCUAUCUUGGGUCACAUAAUUUUUCAUGUUACCCUAGUGGCUAUAGCAUCAGAGAAUGAUCCAUAUGGCAGCAUGUUCAAAAACUGUUCAUUUAAUGAAAAGCUUGUGCGGCAAAUAGGAUUUCAGAGGCUGGACAAUGCUAGUGUUGGCAACAUCAUCAGACUGGUGGCCCCUGACGCGCUUGUCUUUGUGACCUCUGUUAUUCUGCUAGCCGUGUCAGUCAAGAUAACCAAGCCAUCCGUGCUGUACAACUCUCCAACCGAGCAGCCACUGUUGGGGCCAGGGAAACAGAGGGGUCUCAGCAAUCUCAUGAGGACCUUCCUGCAGUUUUGUAGGAACUUGGCUCUUCUGGGAGCUGGCAUUAUCGUCCCAUCAAUACUUUCAGGCGUGUACUUCAUUGUGUUUUUAGUAGUCCUUACCCUCUGGGGCUGCUACAUCCCCAUGGGCCGGAGGUUCAACUACAUACAGAACCUACUGCUCUUCUACACAGCCUCACACCUUCUCUUGCUACACAUCUACCAGUUCCAGUUCUUCCAGGAGACACUCAAACCUACAGACAUUAUAGCCAGAAUUAUGGGACUGACAGGUAUUGUUGAGACAGACUGCAGCAAUGUGGACAGCAUUCUUUUUCACCCGGGUGUUCGAUGGUCAGCUUUUGUUAACCCUGCCAUUCUUCUUACUCUCUACUGGAUGAUGGCCAUCAAUAAACAAUAUGUUAAGUACAGGUCAAAGCAGUCAGUUGAACAUCAUCCAAGUGGGAGUCUGCUGAGCUCAACAGUUCCUACAGAGCGGCAGGUAUAUCAGACAAGUCUCAAUGAGUCACUGUGGAGUGUGGAAAAACAAAGAGUUGAUAUGGAGACAGGGAGUAUGGUGUUCUCUGGAUCAUUCGAAGGGGAUGAUGAUGGCGGCGAAGAUGAGCCUGGUCGUCCUUCUACACCUGAGCGUCUGGUGGAGAAUGAGGAGCCCCCUGGAGGGAGGUAUGGGGGCGUUGAAGAGCGUCCAUCUAACAACACUGUUGAGGUGUCCACAAUGUCUUGUCCAGAUGACGAGAAGACCAAGAGGAGACCAUGGAUGUCCAUUGUCUAUGUCAUCAUGAAGCAGAGUUAUGUCCUGUCUCUCAUAGCCAUGAUGGUCUGGAGCAUCACAUACCACUCAUGGCUGACAUUUGCUUUCCUGCUCACUGCCUGUCUGCUAUGGAUGAUGCCCAACUCAAGAACAUGGUGCCUACGAGCUUCCCCAUUGAUCCUCCUCUACGCUGAGCUCUUGCUGUUAGCGCAGUACAUCUUUGGUAUGGAUCUGAACGAUGAGCUGCCCAAAAACGCAGGCGCCUACAAACUGGAUGAGAUCGGCCUUAAGAGAUUUGUGGAUCCUAGCAUUAACAUCGCAUUACAAUGUCUGUACACAAUGUUCCUUGUGUUGGCCUUGAGGCAGUACUUCAGUGAACAGAGGCGGAACUCUGAGGAAAUACCUCCCGGCAUUCUUCUUGAAAUUGCCUCCAAACGUCAUUCCAUCUUUGAAACUUUUAUAUCUCUGGAUUUACAAGAGCGCAUGUACGACAGCAAGACUAUGGUGUUUAUAGGGAACUUCCUGUGGGUGCUUUUCUGCAAGUACUGGAUCAUCUUCUGCUCCAUCAUGAUGGCCAUCAUCUCCCUGCAGGACGUGGUCAUCUACAGAAUCAUCUACAUGUUCUUGUUCCUCUUCUUUGUGCUGCUCUUCCAGUAUAACUAUAAGGUCUGGCGGACAGCAAAUUACAUGUUUUGGUGGAUUGUGGUAAUCUACUCCAUGUUGGUGCUGAUCCUGAUCUACACGUACCAGUUUGAACAGUUCAAAAACUACUGGGUCAGUCUGACAGGCUUUGAUGAAGAGCUGCUGAAAGACAUCGGCCUGGAGAGGUACGACACGACCGGCCUGUUUGUGAAGCUGCUGACCCCAACAAGUUUCCUGGUCUUUGUCAUCCUGCAGCUCAGAUACUUCCAUCACCCCUUCCUUAAGCUCAGUGCUUUAGACAGAUACAUACAAACACCAGAAGAUGUGAACCUCAACCAAACAGAUGACGAGAGGCUGGCCCAGAACAUGACAGAAGAUGAGGAUGAGAACAAUUCAGCAGCACAAACCUCCAGCAAAAGACACAGUACCAGGAACUGGUUGAAGAGGCACAUCUUGAGAGGCUUGGAACAGUGGAACAGAUUCACACUAAAGCUGUGGAGACUUGGAGAGAUUCACUUCUUCAAGCUCAUCUGUCUGAUUAUCAUUGUUGUUGCAGCUAAUGAGGUUUCUGCCUUGACUGCCGUGUAUGUGCUGAUCCUGUCCAUCCUCCUGCCCAUCCCAAAAGCCCAUUUGUUCUUGUCCCAUCUAACCCAGUUCUGGACGGUUGUCAUCAUCCUAGCCAAGAUGAUUUACCAGCUCAAUUUGGUUGAGACCAAGUAUUGGAAGACCAACUGUACUGAAAUUUAUGGUGUAAAUGGCACAGUGAACUCAACAGUGGAAACAGAUAAUGCCUUGUGGUUUGGGCUGAUGAAGAUUGACAGUCAGGGAACCUCCCUCGCACAUUAUCUUCGUCUGUAUCUCUUGAUUAUGGUUUUGAUAGCAUUUGAGAGCAUCAUUAGAUACCAUCAGAAGCAAUAUUUCAAUCAAAGUAAUAUCACAAAGCCACAAACAGGCAUCAUCUUUGCUUCCAUAACACGCAAUGAUGCGGACAAGGGCAUUGUGAGGUGUACCAUGUUCUUUGCCAAUUACUUCUUUUAUAAAUUUGGACUGGAGUGCUGUUAUAUCAUGACUGCCGUAACUGUUAGUAUCAGAGUGGAUGUUAUUGCUGUACUCUACAUCUUAGUUGUUGCCUGCUUUAUUAUGCAGUCGAGGCGUAACAUAGCCAGAGUUUGGCCCAUUUACAAACUCUUCCUGGCUGUGCUCCUAGCUGUCCAGUUUUUUGUGGUCCUCGGCUUUCCCUCUGGUUUAUGCAUUGAUUACCCUUGGAUAAUGGACAAUGCUGUUUCUAAUAAUUUGAAGCAGUGGCUAUUUUUACCUGAUUAUGUGGCCUCUCCACAUUCUUCUAAACUAGUUGCUGACCUCCUGCAGCUUUUAUUUGUCAGCCUCCAGUCCUUUGUGUUCCACCUAGAGGCAGACCAUGAAAAAAUGGAAGCUUUUGGAGGGGGAGAUAAUGCUGAUAUUGUGGAGGAUGUGGAGGCCAAUAAGCCAAUUUUAUGUGAUGAUUUUACCAUUGACACAACGAAAGGGAUCAACCUGCUCAAGUACUUCAUCUUUGAAAACAUGUUCUGGGUUACAAUGGCAGUUAUUUUCAUCACUGGGGCCACAAGGAUAAACAUCUUCUCCCUGUUCUAUGUCAUAGCUGUCUUCUGCUUCAUGUGGUACGGCAAGGAGCUCUUCCUCAAGCCCAUCAGGAAAAUGCUUUUAAUGUGGAAUUUCCUUAUAAUGUACUGCAUCCUAGUAUUGUUUCUAAAGACGACACUGCAGCUGAUAGGGUGCGUGUAUGUAGCACAGCUGAUAGACAACCACCAGUGCUGGCUGGUUCAACUGUUUGGGGUCAACUGUCUGCUUGCUGGUGUCCAGACCCCAGUGUCUACUGGAGUAUGUGUGGUGGAGAAGGACGAUGCCGGCCUAGCAUGGGAUGUGAUCUGCCUGACAUUUUUACUCUUCCAGCGCCGUGUCUACUCUUCUUACUACUUCAGGCAUAUAGUCACAUCUCUUAGAGCACAGAACAAUUUAGUCUCUCGGGGAGCUGAGCUGAUCAACAGGAUCAUGAUCAGGGAGGUGAACAAACAGAAUGAACAGGAGAAGGAGAUCCUGGUCAACAUCAAGAAACAGAUGAAAGCUUUGAAGAAAAAACAAGCCAAGCUGAAGAAAGACUACAAGGAACCAGAGGAACACUUUCAGGCCAUUCGUGCUGGAGACUAUUAUCUGUUUGAAGAUGAGGGAGAGGAUGAAACGCCAGUCAACGUACAGACAUCAUUGACCUUUGGCACUGAACCAGAGGAUCCAGCAGCUAAACCAACACCAGCACAAGAUGAGUUGAGCCCUACAGUCAUUACAUCAGAGGUUAUCAAUACAGCUAUUGAUCAAGGUAUGACUGCUGCCAUUGUGUCCUAUGAAGAUGUUAGCGAAAUUCCAACUAGGGCUGAAGCUCAUGUAUCCUCACCUGUAGAUCCACCAGACCAGGAUGAACCUGAGUCUGUGGGAAAACUGAGGGUUAUUGCUGGUUUAAUCACAACCGUCUGGUUCAGUAUCAUCGACUGGAUUAUUGCCUUCUGCAACAGGUUGUCUCGCAACUAUCGUCUGGUAGCCAAGAAAUUAACCAAGGAGAUGGUUAUUGAGAAACAGAAAGUUUUGGCCCGCACAGAAUCUAGUUUUUACUUCAGCAAGGAAGUCACACCUGAUGUUCAGCCCUCAACUUCUAGUGACUUUAAAGUGGACAUUGAGGAAGAUAUUCUUCCUGGAAUUUCUCGAAAAUCUGAGAGUUUAUUAAGCCUGGAUGAGCUGGAGAAGGAAGACGAGGAGGAGAUACAGAAACAGUUCAAGACCAACCGAGACCGCUUCAGUCGUCUGACCAUGGCCGUGGGCCUGCUGCUGGCCUCACGCUCGGAGCUGCUGUGCUACUUCCUGAUGAUCCUCAACCAGAUGGUCUAUGGCAGCCUGCUCUCCCUGCCCCUGCCCCUCAUGGUUUUCCUCUGGGGUAUGCUCUCAGUACCCCGCCCCUCUAAGACUUUCUGGAUUACUGUCAUUACCUACACUGAGGCUGUGGUGGUGUGCAAGUACAUGUUCCAGUUUGGUUUCUUCCCUUGGAAUGACGGCGUCUUUAGAGACAAUCCCUUCUUCCCUCCCAGGAUUAUUGGCAUUGAGAAACAAAGCAAUUAUGCCAAUGUGGAUAUAGCGCUGUUGUUGGCUCUUUUCCUGCAUAGAUCAAUUCUCAGGAAAUACGGCCUGUGGCGUGAUGCUGCUGACAUUACUGCAGAUCUUGAGGCAGCUGGAGCUAAAGAACAAAGCACUCCAAACUCACCCAGUAAAGUGUUUGAUGAAGAUGUUGUGUUUGGCAAGUCUGUCAGCAAUGUUGAUGCUCUUGAUGGACGCUUGACCCCAUCCUGUAAACCUCGCUCCAAACUGGGACAGGGGUUCUCGUACAUUUUAAACCCAUUCAGAAAGUUCUUUAGGCAAGUGACAGAGUCCUCAUACAAUGCUACAGCAGACGUGUACGCCCCAAUGUUUUUCUGUGAUUUCAUCCUCUUUCUGGUCCUGGUCUUAAGCUUCAGCUCAUUCGGACCUGCGGAGACAGCAGGGGAUGGAGAUGUGACCAGCUACAUCAAAAACAACAAGAUCCCCAUCCCAUUCCUCUUCAUGCUCAUAGCCCAGUUUGUCUGCAUCAUUAUUGACAGAGCUAUUUUCCUGCGCAAGUUUGUUCUGGGGAAAUUUAUUUUCCAGAUCCUCCUGGUCAUCGCCAUACAUAUCUGGAUGUUUUUCCUUCUGCCUGCCAUCACCAAGAGGAGUUUUUUCAACAACGUGGCAGCUCAGAUCUGGUACUUCACCAAGUGUAUUUACUUUGGGUUGUCAGCUUACCAGAUCAGAUGUGGCUAUCCCAACCGCAUCCUAGGCAACUUCCUGACCAAGAAAUACACUUACACCAACUUAUUCCUCUUUAAAGGUUUCCUAGCCAUUCCAUUUUUGUUAGAACUUCGGGCGUUGAUGGACUGGAUCUGGACAGACUCCACACUUGCUAUUGGAAAUUGGCUUCAGAUGGAAGAUAUAUAUGCAAAUAUUUUUGUUCUUAAAUGCUGGCGUGAAAUAGAAAAGCAAUAUCCAACAGAGAGAGCGAUCAAGAAGAAGCCUUGGAUCAAGUAUGUGUCUGGUGGGAUCCUGCUGGUCAUUGUGGUCUUCAUCGUCUGGUUCCCGCUGGUUUUCUUCUCUUUCUUUAACGCAGUCUUUAUUUCCAACCCUCCAAACGAGGCCACCAUGUCUGUCAGCAUAUCAGGGUACCAGCCCCUGUUUUCAUCCACCGCACUUGGGAACACAAUCCACACGCUGACUGAUGCUGAGUACAGUACGCUCAAGACUCACUACUCAAGGGAUAGGAAUGCAUACAGUUUUCUUAGUGGUUACGAUGCGUCAGAUGUUUCGUUGUUAUCAUUUGAUGGUAAAUCUCUGGCCAUCUGGGGGAUAAGUCCAGUCAGUCAGAAGUCCAUGAUGAAUGACCUUUCUGAUGAUUCUUCUACCAGCAAAUUGAUGCUCUCAGUUGAACACAAGUUCCAGAGAGAACCAGACCAAGUGUUACCCAGUGAUGUCAGUUGUCUUUUUGAAGUGAAUCUACGAGAUGUAAAAUAUAAAAAUGUUCGGCACACUUUUGCACGUAUCAUCAACUCCACAACGCCCACAAAUGAAUCAGUGGUGAUUCAUGAAUUAUUUCCUCGAUUUUUGCGGCUUGGUGGCACUUCAAAAGCUGUCCCCAUUGAUGUAUUAAAUAAUGGCAUUGGUUUGAGCAACAUUUCCAUGCAACUUCAGAUCGACCCAUCCAAUUCACUGAGUGAAUGGUGGAAUCUGAAAGAGAUUGUGUCUGGGACUGUUUACGCUUACAAACGAGAAACCAACACCUCGUAUGACAAGUCAUUUAUAAUCACCUUCAAUGAUCGCAAGGCACCAGCCUCACUCUCUUUCCUAUCUGGAUACGGAAUCAUUGGGCUGUACCUGUCCUUCAUUCUCUUGAUUGGUCGUUUGAUGCGUCUGAGCACGACCAAUCAGUACCUGACGAUCAUGUUCAGGGAGUUGCCAGACGUUGACCGCAUUAUGAAGCUGUGUUUAGAUCUGUACCUGGUCAGAGAGAUGAAGGAGUUCCAGCUGGAAGAGGAGAUCUACGCCAAGCUCAUCUUCUUGUACCGCAGUCCUGAGACAACAAUCAAGUACACGCGCCAGACUGUGCGCUCUGGAAUUUUCUCUGUUGAAGAGAAAGAGAAGGAGGAUUGAUACAUUUAGAACUUGGCAACUGAAAAUAUUUAAUUCAGUGCCUCUAGUACAGGUUUCAUUUUCAUGGCAUUAAGGCAGUUUUCUUUUCUUUCUGCAUAAUACAGUUGUACAUGUCUUAGUAGCAACUAGUAAGACCUUGUCAUUAAGACCUUUCCAUUUAGAACAUUUCAUCCACUUAGCCAACUUGACCCCUUUACAUUCCUGUCUUUUCUGUUUUAUACUUUUCUUGUUAUGCUCAAGAGGUUGGUUGUUGUUGUUUUUUUUAAGUCCUCAAUUAUUUUUUUUUAUCUUAUUGGGGGGUUGCACACAAAUAGAAAAUUAAAACCACACAAAAAAUAAUGAAGAAUGUUUGCCCUACAUCAGAAAAUUCAGUUUGUCUUUUUCUUUAAUGUUGAUACUAUUUAUAUUUAACCCUUUACAGGCCUAUCUGCCCGUGGUCGUCCAAAAAUUUUUUGUCUGGUACAGUCAGGUGUGCCCGCGGUCGCCCUACUAUGAAUAGUACAUUUAUUUAUUUGUAGUAGCCGAAGUCUCGAUGGUAACGAGAUUUUGAAGAUAUCGGUGGGAGUGGGAAAUAAUAAGUUUUAUUUACUUUGUUUUCUCGUUCUAUCACCAGUGGUCCAUUUUCUACGAUUUUUCUAAAGUUAGAAAAAAAAAUUCUCAAAAUUAUGAGCAAUAUAAUUAGUGAAAUUAAUUCUAAUUAAAAUGCUUCGGCCAUUGAAUUUGGUUUUAUUUAUAAUGUAACUAUUGAAAAAGAAAGUAGCUCCAGUGACUGCGUUGAAUUUUUUUUUUUUAGCAUUUCAAAUAAAAAUUUUAUAGAAAUAAUAUUAGAAGUAGUGUUUUGCUUACAUUUUUUCCGGGAUUAGUGUUAUUUUUAUUAAUUAAUAAUAAAUUAUUAAGCUAUUUAACUUCAUGCAUAAUAGACUUGGGCUAGCUUUUUAUUUUUUAACUUAAGCGGUUAUUUUUUAAAAAUAUUUUUAAAAAGUACUGUGGUUGAAAAAUGAGUCUUUUUUCGCCCAGCCGUAGGGGAAAUAAAAUAGUUUUGAUGCCAGGCCAUCAAAGGGUUAACCACUUUUUAAUUAAAGGCCUCUACCAUAUAGGUAUGUUUGUGUGGUAGAUAUUUUCAGCUGGGAUUCAAUUGUGUUAUUUUGCUUUGAUAAUGUAGAAUAAUUAUUUA